AUGUCAACAUCUAUGCAAUUAUAUGACAACGGCAAGGUUAUUAACCCAAAAAGUUAUGAUGAUCUGUCUGAAAUAGCAAAGUCAAUUCUGAAACAAAUACAGCUGAAAGAGGUACCAAAGAUAGGCAUCAUAUGCGGUUCUGGUUUGGGCAGCAUUGCAGACUUUAUUGAACAAGCAGAAAUAUUAUCCUACACCAAGAUUCCUGGCUUCCCAAUCUCACAUGUUAUCGGCCACAAAAGUAAUUUAGUGUUCGGCUACAUAAACGAAAAAUAUGUUAUUUGUAUGCAGGGUAGAUUUCAUCCAUACGAAUAUGGAAUGGACUUGGCACUGUGUGCAAUGCCAGUACGAAUACUACAUUUAUUAGGAGUGGAAACACUAAUUGUAUCAAAUGCAGCUGGUGGGUUGAACUCAAAUUUCAAAGUGGGCGACUUGAUGAUAAUCAAAGACCAUAUAUUUUUCCCUGGCUUAGCUGGAUUUUCACCUUUUGUUGGUUUACAUGAUCAACGAUUUGGCGAACGUUUUGUUUCCCUUCAUGAAGCUUACGAUCCGAAACUCAGAAAAUUAGCUAUAGAUGUGGCUAGACGGCAAAAGAUACGAAUUCAUGAAGGUGUUUAUGCAAUGAAUGGAGGUCCGCAAUUUGAAUCUCCUGCCGAGUUACGGAUGUUGAAGAUGUUAGGAACAGACGCUAUUGGAAUGUCAACAUGCCAUGAAGUAGUUGUUGCAUGUCAAAUGGGAAUGCGAGUUUUCGGCUGUUCACUUAUUACUAAUAUAGCAAACCUAGAUCAUGAGAAUGCAGUUAUGGUGACGCAUGAGGAAGUGCUGAAAACGGGAGAGGAAGCACAGGAGAGAACCUGCAGUUUCGUUUCUGAAAUUGUAAAAAAUUUGUGA